AUGGCACUUCAGGACCAAUCAGCUGUACCUUCAACGUGGAAGUCUAUAAAUGGGUGCAAAAGAAGUUUCAAAGGAUUUGUCACGAACCGAAAUACAGCCAGGGGAGCGGGUAAAGGCGCAGGAAAAUCAGGACAGACAACCGCAAAGCGCACUUCAAACUGUAUUGCCACCCCUACCUCACCUAACAGGAACGAGAAAAAUGACGCCUCUGACAGAAGCAACAAUUCCGUGAAAUGGGCCUUGUCAAAGCCCAAGGUGCUCAUCGUAUCCCUUCUCGCUAUUUUGUAUAUCCUAUCAUUGGAUGGCUUGUUCCCCCCAAAGAAUUUCCAUCAUUCGAGAUCGCUAGUUGAAAGAGUCACAGCCCCUUUUGUAUAUACGUCGCAGGUAGAAACGGUCCCUCCUAUAACUAAUCCUUGUAUCCCCAUGGUUAUUGAUGCCUUCAGAAAUAUUAGCGACAAAAAAUCGGGGAAUGGUAAGAAAUCAAAGGGUCCCAAUGAGGCUACUAAUGAGAAGAAUUCAAAGAAGGGAUUCAAGUGGAAGUGGGCUGCGAUAGCAAAAGAGUGUGUCAAGGCAGCAAGACAGAGUGAGUUGAAAAAGGAUCCUAAUGAACCUCAUGUUCUGCCCGUUUCCCAUGAUUCACACUCCCCCGUUGGUAUGAACUACACACAUGAUCUGUGUAGUCCACACGACGCGCAUGCGUCCCUCGGUUCACCUGACCCAUCGAAUUCCCACCAUCCCCAUGAUCCAGUGAACCCCCAAGGUCCACACAAUGGAGUGAACCCCCAAGAUCCACAUAAUAUAGUGAACCCCCAAGAUCCACAUAAUAUAGUGAACCCCCAAGAUCCACAUAAUAUAGUGAACCCCCAAGAUCCACAUAAUACAGUGAACCCCCAAGACCCAUAUGAUCCACAGAACCCACACGAUCCAUAUGAUCCACGGGAUCUUCACGAUCCAUUUGACCCAUACGAUUCUGAUGAUCUACAUGGCCUAUACGAUCUUGAUGAUCCACAUGAUGCACAUUACUCAAAGGAUCCAGAAAAACAAUACGACAUUUACGGCAGGAAGAAGAAAUCCAACACCAUAAUAGAUUUUACGCCCUCCAAAACCCUUACACCUGAGGAAAAUAUCGAAUUCUUCUUCUACAGCACGAGCACGUAUGUAUAUUAUACGGAAGAAAUGAAAAAACGAAUUUUCGCAAAUGGUCCCGUAAUGACAAAAAAAUACAUGGCCGAAAUAUUUUUCGACUUAUGUGAUGAACAGAAGGAGAACUUUCUCUUCAUGAAGGAAACCAUGUCCAAAAUAUCCUUCAUGUUAGCAUCUCAAUUUAAAAUGCCAAAUGAAGAACGAUCCAAAUGUUGGACCCAUCUGAAUAAUAAACUUAAUAAAGUAAUGGACGAAUUUGAUCUGCGUGAUCGUGCUGACUUCAAUCAUUUUUUGAUGCAAAAAAAACGUCACUCUGCUGAAGAUUUCGAGCGUUUUGUCGAAAACAGAAUUUGCUUAUGGAACAAAAUUACCAGAGAAAAUAGAUAUGAAUCCUUUCUAGAAUUGUAUAAGAAUUUAAAUAAAGAUUCCUCCAGAAGCAGAUUUCCAUAUAAUGAUAAAAAUUAUCGAUUUCUGCAGCCAAAUGACUGUUAUACUGCUAGUAACCCAGACAUGCCGCAUGAUACCGUCAACGCUAGUAGUGGGGUAAUAACUCAUGAAUCCCUCCGUACUAGCACCCCCGCUACGCCUCAAAACACUUUAAAUGACAGAAAUUCUUUACAGUUCAGCAACGUCGGAAGUAGACCCAACCCCAACGGUGCCUUCAGAUCUAGUAGCCCCACUGGACAGUGUAGCGAUAUGGGAACCCAUACCACCCCUAUGUCGAACAGCAAUAUAUGCACCACUAACCCUGCUAUGCCGCAGUCGAACAUCAACGCUAUUAAUAGACCUAUUCCGUGCAAUACCCUCAAUACCAAUAGUGCACCCAUGGCGAAUAACACCAUCACUGGUAGCAACGCUCCUGCGCCCUGUAGCACACCUAUUCCUAGCAUCCCUGUCAUGACGCAAUCCCCGUACAAUAAUUUGAAUGCUAAUGUUACUACAGCCUUGCAGCCCAACACUUUGAAUGCGAACCCCGCAACCGUCCCACCUUACACGAUGAACGCGCCUGUUACAGGUGUACCAUAUAACACUUUGAAUCCUACAGUCGCCGCCAUACCGCAAGGCACUUUGAACCCUAACGUUGCCACCAUACCGCAAGGCACUUUGAACCCUAACGUUGCCACCAUACCACAAGGCACUUUGAACCCUACAGUCGCGGCCAUACCGCAAGGCACAUAUAACCCUAUCAUCGCCACCAUACCGCAAGGCACAUACAACCCUACCGUCGCUGCCAUACCACAAGGCACAUACAACCCUACCGUGGCAACCAUACCGCAAGGCACAUAUAGCCCUGUCAUCGCCACCAUACCGCAAGGCACAUACAACCCUGUCAUCGCCACCAUACCGCAAGGUACAUAUAUCCCUGUCACCAAACAGGUCCCAUUGAGCAUGGAAAACGGAAAGGAACCCCCCAGGCGGAAGAAGAAAAAAAAAUGA